AUCGCUCUCUAAAUUCUUCUUCAAUCUUGUUUCAUCAACCUUGCUUUCCAGAGAAAAAUCGCUCCAUAACAAUGUCGACGAAGAUCAUGUUGAAGAGCUCCGAUGGUAAAUCGUUCGAGAUCGACGAAGACGUGGCACGCAAAUCAAUCGCGAUAAACCAUAUGGUUGAGGACGGCUGCGCCACUGAUGUAAUACCGCUUCGAAACGUCACAAGCAAGAUUCUCAAGAUUGUGAUCGAUUAUUGCGAGAAGCACGUCAAGAGCAAAGAAGAAGAAGAUCUCAAGGAGUGGGACGCUGAUUUCAUGAAGACGAUCGAAACAACCAUUCUCUUUGAUGUUAUGAUGGCUGCGAAUUAUCUCAAUAUUCAAAGCCUUCUUGAUCUCACAUGUAAAACUGUCUCGGAUUUGCUCCAGGCUGAUUUGCUCUCAGGGAAAACUCCAGAUGAGAUUCGCGCGCACUUCAACAUCGAGAACGAUCUAACAGCAGAGGAAGUAGCUAAGAUUCGUGAGGAGAAUCAAUGGGCUUUUCAAUGAGAGAGCGGAUCAUCAAAGUUGUUGAUGCAAAUCUACGUAGCUGGUGACUUCGUCUAUAUCGUUUUCUUCUUUAGUGUGUGUGUGUUUUCAGUUUUCUUUAUGCUUCAUGUAGAUUGAUGACUAAGACUUCGUCUAUCUCUUGUUUGUUCGGUGUGUUUCUUUUGAUUUCUUGGUGUGCAAGUCAACCAAUGUUUGUAUCUUUGCUUUAGAGACG